UUACAGUAUUAAUUUAAGCGUUGGAUUGGCAACACUAAAUCAAAGAAUAUAUCAGAGAAUAAUCUUGUUAGCAGCGACAAUGACGAAUAACGGUAAUCUCGACAUCUGUAAAAAUUUGUAUGUUUCGUGUUGUGGAAGUUAUCACACGUGGUCGUAUCUCAUGCAUGCAUUGACGAAAUACAAAGAAGUAAACAAAUGCAUGUUAAAUUAGUAUUAUUUAUUUGAUUAAUUCUGUUUUAAAGGAAUAAAUGAAUGAAAACAUGGAUGAACAACAUGAUGAGGGAAAAAGAAGUCUACCUGACAAUUGCGAAAAUUCACCUGCCAAAAAAUUUAAAAGUGAAAAUGAAGAACAAAUUUCAAAUAAUGAUGAGAAAUCUGAGGAAAAGGACAUAAAAUUAUUGUUCAAAGGUAAACCAAAGAAGAUGGCAAUGAUGAUUUCAUACUGUGGAAAAGGAUAUUUUGGAAUGCAAAGAAAUCACGGAGUUAAGACCAUCGAAGAAGACAUCUUGACAGCAAUGUAUAAAGCUAGAUUGAUUGCACACGACCGAUACGAAAAACCACAAUUAAUGCAUUUUCAGAGAGCUGCUAGAACAGAUAAAGGAGUAUCGGCAGCUUGUCAGAUAAUUUCGUUGAAGUUACCACCAAUAGAAAAUUUUUUGUCGGUUAUUGAAUUAAUUAAUAACAAUCUUCCUCCACAGAUAAGAGUUAUGGGACUCAAACGAGCCACAAAAAACUUCAAUGCCAAAUUGAGUUGUGAUGCUAGAAUAUAUUCAUAUAUUCUUCCGACAUUUGCUUUUUCCGAUCCUACAGAGGACAUUGUAAAAACUUAUCGCAUUCCAGAAAAUCGUCUUCAAGAAGUAAAUAGGAUUUGCAGGUUAUUUCAUGGUACUCAUAAUUUUCAUAAUUUUACUGCUGGAAGAAAAGCAACGGAUGCAAGUGCAAAGAGAUAUAUAAUGUCAUUUGAGUGUGGGAAGCCAUUUGUACAAGAUGAAAUAGAAUUUGUCACCCUUAAAAUAAAAGGACAAAGCUUUAUGUUACAUCAGAUAAGAAAAAUGAUUGGUUUGGUAAUUGCAAUCAUUAGGAAUGUAACAGAUGCCAAUUGUCUGCAAAGAUGUUGGAGUAACAAUAGGAUUGACAUUCCUAUUGCUCCAAGCAUUGGACUGAUGUUGGAAGAAGUCUGUUAUGAGAAAUACAAUAAAAAAUAUGGAAACGAUGGAAUACAUCAACCUCUGUUAUGGAAAGAUUGCGAGAAAGCAGUGAAUGAAUUUAAAGAGAAAUUCAUAUACCCAUCUAUAGUUGAGGCAGAAAGAAAUGAAAAUUCAAUGUUAAAUUGGAUGUCAAUGUUGAAGGAUCAUACGUACGACGUAAGAGAACCUUCACCACCCAAAGAGAAUUUAUCUAAAGAUGGAAAUUCCAACACACAAGAAUAGGGCUCUAAAGAGGAAAAUGAAAACAAACUUACAUUUGAAUCAUCAAAAUGUAUCAUCAUCUUGAAACAUAAUCGUGUUAAUUGUAUUCACGUAUGAAUAAAUGUUCUUUUUUAAAUUUU